AUGACCCAAAGGGCGAUCCGGCUGCUGGUUCCGGGCGGAAGAACCGCUCUAACGGCGGGAAAAAACAUCCUACAGAAGGCGGGGCUCCACUCGGGCACCUCCCUGCGCCUCCGCUACGGCUGGUGGGCGUACGCUCUGGGGGAGAGGACCUCCCCCCGCCUCACCCACACCAGCAGGAUCAUCACGGUGGACGGGAACCUGGCCUCCGGCAAGGGGGCGCUGGCCCACAGCCUGGCCCAGAAACUGGGUAUGCUCUACAUGCCUGAGCCCGACACCUUCUACAUGGAUAAGAUGACGGGGGAGAAACAGCCCCUCCCGGUGGACUUUAACGGGAUGUGCAGCCUGGAGAAGUUCUACUCCGACCCCAGGGCUGCGGACGGGAACAGCUACCGGCUGCAGCUGUGGAUGUACCUGAUGAGGCUGCUGCAGUACGCCGACGCCAUCGAGCACCUGCUCACCACCGGUCAGGGGGUGAUCCUGGAGCGUUCCCCCUUCACCGACGGCCCCGCGGAGGAGGUGCAGAAGAGGCUGAAGCAGAGCGGGAAGAAAGUUGGACAGAGCCAAGAAGCCUUUUCCGAGUCCAGUAAAACAUGUGGACUGGAGGGUAUGCUCUACAUGCCUGAGCCCGACACCUUCUACAUGGAUAAGAUGACGGGGGAGAAACAGCCCCUCCCGGUGGACUUUAACGGGAUGUGCAGCCUGGAGAAGUUCUACUCCGACCCCAGGGCUGCGGACGGGAACAGCUACCGGCUGCAGCUGUGGAUGUACCUGAUGAGGCUGCUGCAGUACGCCGACGCCAUCGAGCACCUGCUCACCACC